AUGCACCCUUUGCAUUUUACUAAUGCGGAGCAAAUUUGGUGCUCGCACGAGAAUGGCACCACGAACAGAAUGCUUUGGAAACGAGGCUUCCGAACUCAACACUCUUCUGUCCUAAUCACACAAAUAAUGAAUUAUCUAGUCCUAAGUCUUGUGAUCCCACUUCUGAUUAUCUUUGUGUUCCACAGGAGUAACGUCAAGGUGGUGGAUCCACUACAGGAUAGCGGAGCUGACAACGGACCCGUGGUCCAGGGCGAGUUCACGCCGCGGACGCUUUACAAGCACAACGGUUUCGACACAGAAACGAUCUACAUAGCUGUGAAGGGCAAAGUGUUUGAUGUGAGUCGGGCUAGACAGUUCUAUGGGCCAAGUGGGCCUUAUAGCAAUUUUGCUGGCCAUGAUGCCUCCCGUGGGCUUGCAUUGAAUUCGUUUGAAAUGGGUACGUCAUAA